CUUGUGUGCGUGCUCCCGUGCAGGUGUUCGGGUAGCCCAGAAGGAGAGGGGAUAUUGGAUCCCUUGAGCUUGAGUUACCUUGAGCUUGAGUUAUGGGUAUUUGGGUUUGUUUUUUGAGACAGGGUUUCUCUGUGUAGACUUGGCAGUCGUGAACUCAUGUAGACCAGGCUGGCCUCAGAGACCUACCGACUUCUGCCUUCCAAGUGCUGGGAUUAAAGGCAUGCGCCACCACUGCCUGGCUUAGGCCCAGAUUCUUAUCUUCCCCAACCAGACUGACCACCCUUGUGAGCAGGAUCUAGGCACAGUCUCCAGUAAAAAAUAACCUGGUGGGCUGAGGGUGUUGUAUAUUGCAGUGGUAGAGUGUGUGCUUAGUACACACAAAGACCCUGAAUUUGUUUACACCAUCAAAAAAACAAAAGACCACUGAAUGAAGGAAGAAAAAAUGCCGAUGGGGGAGUCAGGUCCUUCAGGAAUGAGCUAGAGUAGGAGGUGGUAUGAAGUGUGGUUUAGAGGUAAAUCUAGGUUUUAUAGAGGCAGCUGUUGAUCAGUACUUGGCCCAGGACAUAGGCGAUGGAUGGCAAAAGAGGCAGGGAGCAAACAGGACACUAAUGUGGCCUUCCUUGCUAGAGAACACAGGGUGGUCAUGCCCAGAAGGGGGCAGAGUUGAGACACAGAAGGAGCACAGCAUGGUCAGCAAAGCUGCAUAAGGAGCCAGGAAAGCCUGUGUCCAGAGACAUCAGGGAGGUGGACAGUGUCUUUGAGGAAGAGAGGGAAGGAAGAAGACAGGUAUUAGAACUACCUGGAAGACUGCCUCUUGGGCCAGAGGGGUUGCUGGAUCAGAGAACAGAAGGAAAAGAGCAGUUAGCUUGUAUCUGCUGUGGCUGUACUGUUUGGGCACUUACACUAGGUAGACGGAGGAAAGCCAGAAGUGAGGGUACCCUGGGCUGAGGAGAUGGCAUUCUGGCAUUCUCUGGUACAGUAAGACACCCAGAAAAAAGUCAGCAGCACUUAGGGAUUGCUAGAGGGUAUGGUUUGGGGGACCAGGGGAGGAGUGUAUGUGAGGCCCAAGGUGAGGACUGUCGAAUGAGGAUAAAGUAAAGAAAAUUCAUCAACAGCAUUUGGGAGGCAAGAGCAGAUCAGAACAGGGAUGGUAAAGCAGCUUCAUGCUUCCUGGGAUGGGAGGUGCUGGGCAGGAGGUGCGGGAGGAGGUGCCAACCGUUUCCAGCCUCAGGUGUUGGCACCAGAGUUCAGUGUCAGGCCCUUCUCUCAGCUCCUCUUUGCAUUCCUUUCUCUCAUAUUCUCCCUUGUUCUUACUCCCCUUUUAUCUCUGUCAUUUUAUCAUGAGGUUUUAGCCUCAGCCCCUUUCUGGUCAUCUCAGGAUUUGAGGAUCUUGGCCUUGGAUUUUCUGAGGGCCUUGGUCUUCUCUCUCUCUGACCUGGAUCUUUCAUUCUGUGUUUUGUCUCUGAGUCCAGCUCUCUUGUGUGAGUCUCUUUCCCAUCCAUUCAAGCCCUUGUCCCCACUGUUGUCCAGGGCCUCUUUAUUUCCCAUGUCCUCCGUGUCCUUGCCAUCUGCAUGGCCUACAGUGAUUCUCACUCCCUUGUUGACUUGUGCUAUGUCUCUUGCUGUCCUGCCCUGGCUCAGUCAGUUUCUCCUCGUCUCCUUGCACCCUGGCUCUCACUUUCUUGCCUGUGCUCUGGGUCUUUCUGUCUCUGUCGCUCUGUGUCUCGGGGACGUCUCACUGGGAACAGGAAGUGGAGGUGCCUCUCUUCCUUUCACUCUAACUGCACCUUGCAGCGCCCCCGUCCACCAUUGCAAGACACCUGCUUUCCAGAGGUUGGAGAAGGGGUGGGUGGUGGGUAGCCCUCUGAGGACUGGCAGACUUCGCUCCUGCUCACUGUUCUUCUCUUCCCAGUGUGACCCCAACCUGCAGGUGUACAACGUAUUCAUAGACAACCUUGAUGAGCGACUACCCCGCAUCGCAUUCUUUGCCACAAGAACCAUCUGGGCGGGCGAGGAGCUCACCUUUGAUUACAACAUGCAAGUGGACCCCGUGGACAUGGAAAGUACCAGAAUGGACUCCAACUUUGGCCUGGCCGGGCUCCCUGGCUCCCCCAAGAAACGGGUCCGUAUUGAAUGCAAAUGUGGGACAACAGCUUGCCGAAAAUACCUCUUCUAGCCCUGAGAAGUUUGAGGCCACAGGCACUGAAGGGUCCUGAAGCCACCUUCCUCCUUCUCCACUGCUGCCCUCUUGUCAAGAAUGACCAUCAGAGCCUUGUCUGCCUCCACUUGUCCUCAUCUGCCCCAACCUGUUCCCUCCCUGCUCCAGGGUCAGGGCUGUGGUGAGGACUGACUCUGGGUACCCCUUCUCUCUUCCUUUCCCCUGUCCCAGGCCCAUCAGGCAUUGCACUUACAACUCCCAGCCACAUUUCAAAAGUAUAUUUUUCACAUCAGGAUUCCCUGGAGUUGGGAUAUUCAUGUUUGUCAUGGAGGUCCAAAGGGUGAGCAACUCAACCCCAGAAUAGAAAGACUUGUUUUCUGGACAGCAUCUCUGCAACUCUAUGUAGUUCAGGCUGGUGCUGGACUCUUAAUCCUCCUGUCUCAGCUUUCCUCGUGCUGAGUGUAUAGGUGUAUACCCAGCUAAGAUUUUUUUAAAUUGCAUCUGCUUCUGCUUGGAGCCUAUGUGACCUGUUGCAGGCCUCUUGACUACUCUAACAGUAUGAGGAAGCAACCCCCAGGCAGACAAAUAUCAGAGCUCAGAGAUACCAGCGUGACUUCAAGCUGGAUCAGCAAUCACAGAGCCUUUGUACUCAUGAAAGAAAGGAGGUCUCCAGGGCUAGCGGAUAAUUCUGGUUCUGCCCAUUGUGCUUUUGAUGCUGGGUAGUAUUGACCUUAAGACCCACAGGCUCUCGGAGUUGCAAGUCUGAAAAGUAGUUGCCCAAGUGCCACCAGGAUACCUCUUGGAAAGCUCCAUGGGAUGGUUAAGACCAUCAGGAGUAAAGAGUUCUAGAUGUGCUGGACACCCUGCCUUGGCAUGUGAUACCACUGGAACUACUAGAAGCUGGAACCAAGAUAUAGCUAGUCUGUAGAUAGCACUUAAGACAAUAAUGUGCGUUGACUAGAAGCUGAGGAGGUGCCAGGCACAGGGUAGAGCACCUGGUCCAUAUGGAUUGUCUCAGGGAAGCCUUGAAAACCACAUAGGUGGAGCCCAGGAAAAGGCCCAUGUGGCAGAAGGCAACGACUAGGCCAAAAAUGGUUGGGGAGACUCACUCACUAGCAUGUGGUGAGAUGAGAGCCAAACCCCCUUUACUUGUCAGCUUCAAGUAUUCACCUGGCUCCACUAGCUCAAAAGUUAACUGCCUAGAAAUGUACACAAGGCAAAGAUUCUGAUGGCUGCCUUGCCCCCUGCUCUCCCCAAUUCCUUCAGGAAGCCUGUCAUGACUUCCUGUACCCAGAGUGCCCCUAUGUGAGACUGUGCACCCCGCUACCAGAUCUGUGUGUGUGUGUCUGUGUGUGUCCUGCUCACACUCCCCAGGCUGACCUUUGGGCAUGGACUGAAUCUGGUUCUCUUGUAUACCCCUGAGCCCUCCCCAGCCUGGAGUGUGCAUCAAUAAACUGCGUUCUUGAGUCAA